AUGCGAGACCCUACUCUCACUCGUGGUGCGAGGAAGGAAGGUCAUCAAACGGCGGCGUUUUUGUCGCGGAGAGAAGAGAGAAGCAGUGGCGGAGAGACGCACGCGACGACGGAUUUGGACGAGUUGAAGAAACAUCACAGAUUUUUACGAGAGGAUGAUGAUGAUGAUGAUGACAAAAAGGAGGAGGAGGAAACAAGGACUCGCAGAGGAAGAGGCGAAGAGGAAGAAGCGAUGUUAUCGUUAUUAAACGAAGGCGAACGCGUGGCGAAAAAAUACGAGGGAAAACUGUUCAAAGAGUACGCGAUUCCGGAUUUGUCCCGAUGGGACACCCAAGGCGUCGGUUUGCGAUGGAGAACGGAGAAAGAAGUCGCGAGAGGCAAAGGCGUGGAUAUUUGCGGCGAGAAGAGAUGUUCGGAGAGGAAGAAUCUAGGAACGUUUGAGUUGAAUUUUCGGUAUAAAGAAGGGGGGAAAGGGGAAGUGAAGAACGCGCUGGUGAAGGUGGUCGUCUGUCCCGCGUGCGAAGAGAAGAUGAACCGAAGCCGCCGGAGGAAGAAGAAAUAG